AUGUAUUUCGUUAGUCGCAGGACGAUCAGUGAACAACUUCGUCUACUGGGUAUCUCAAAUCAUUGGCUCAGUCAUUAUUGGCUUGCUACUAGACUCAAAGGGGCUCUCCAGAAGGAGUCGAGCAUUCCUCGGGUGGAUCAUCCUCUUCGUCAUGAUUUAAGGACAUACACAAGAGAAUCCGCAUCUGCGCCAGGCUUUCCCUUGAUCGAUAUUCAUGAUAAAAGCUACCCGGCGCACGUCUGGCUUUAUAUCUUCUGCGGUUUACUAGACUCCAUGUGGCAGACCACAGCUAAGCUGGCAUAUCUCGCGGGCUUGUAUAAGUCUAUCCAGAGCGCAGGUGGAGCCGUUUCAUGGAGGAUUGACGGCAUUAAACUCCGUAAGUUUAGUUUAUACAGAGUGAGUUUGGUCAAUGACGGUCACAAAGCGUACAUGAAUAUCUUCAUUUCAACAUGGGUUUUACUUGUUGCUGGGCUCAUAUUUGCGCUUCCUAUGCUCUAUCUCCGCGUUAAAGAGCAUACCGAUCUCCAAGAUGAAACCCUCGCACGCAUGGACGAUUCUGGACGAGUAUUAGGGGUGCAUGAAGCAGAGGAAAAACUGGCUGAAGCGGGUGUUAGGGCAUAA